UCCGUUUCCGGUUCGUCACUGCCACACAGAACUGAUUUGGUUUUACACCAAAAGACAAAAAAAUGAAUACACGGAUAGCUGGUUGAACUCACGCAAGCGAGCGAGUUACCCUGCUUGUUGUAACCUACCUGACCACUAAACCUACUACUAAGCUCUCUGGCUUCCAUCUCAUGUUUAGACCAAUAUGAACAGCCCGUGUGUGUUCGCAUACAGCAGAGUGAGCUCACAAAGUGCGCAGAGGGUCUUAUCUCGGUAGCUAGCGUUAGCCCUGCAGAAGAAGCUGCCAUCGGUGGCCCGCUCUGGCUGCAUCAUUCACGGGACAGGAACUUUUCAAUUAGCUACGACUCGGCACCAUGAAUCUGUUACGAUUAGUGUGCCGCCACAAGACGGCCCUGGUCAUCGGCACCGUGUGCAGCUUCGCUGUGGUUCUGGUCUUCUUGGCUAAGUGUACCUCAGAAACCCUGAAACAGGCCCACCAGGAUCCUCCAGGCCUAGCACCUCGUGCCAAUGCUUUGCCAUCCCGUCCAGAGCAGCAUGAUCCCCCCUCCACGUCCAAAGACUUGUCAGCAUUCCUGGUGGUCCUCAUCACAACCGGACCUAAGUACACCGAGCGGAGGAGCAUUAUCCGCAGCACCUGGCUGGCCAAGCGGGACUCUGAUGUUCUGGCUAUGUUUGUGGUGGGAACUCAAGCGCUACCCAGUGAGGACCUUCAGAACCUCAACACAGAGCAAGGGCGGCACAAGGACCUGCUCUUACUGCCCGACUUGCGGGAUUCUUACGAGAACUUAACGCUCAAGCUGCUGCACAUGUACUCCUGGCUGGACCAGAAUGUGGAGUUCAAGUUUGUCCUGAAAGCCGAUGAUGACACGUUUGCUCGUUUGGACCUCCUUAAGGAGGAGCUGAAGGGGAAAGAGCCCAACCGGUUCUACUGGGGCUUCUUCUCAGGGAGAGGGCGAGUGAAAACUGCUGGGAAGUGGCGGGAGAGCUCUUGGGAGCUUUGUGACUACUACCUGCCCUAUGCGCUGGGCGGCGGCUACAUCCUCUCGGCCGACCUGGUACGUUACGUGCAUCUUACCGCGGGCUACUUCAAGACGUGGCAGAGUGAGGAUGUGUCGCUGGGCGCCUGGCUGGCACCAGUGGAUGUCCGGCGGACACAUGACCCACGCUUUGACACGGAGUAUAAAUCGCGUGGUUGCAACAACAAAUACCUGGUGACACACAAGCAGAGUCUGGAGGACAUGUUGGAAAAACACCAGACUCUGCAGCGUGACGGCAGGCUCUGCAAGGAGGAGGUCAAGCUGCGACUGUCCUAUAUGUAUGACUGGAGUGUGCCACCCUCACAGUGCUGCCAGAGGAAGGAUGGCAUUCCUUAAUUCCUCUUUUUUUACAAUGACCUGAAGUUAGCUUCCAAUUUGUAUCGUAAGGAAAAAAUGAAGGGAUCAUGUUUUUCCACCAAUUCUUCAGUGUUACACCAUUUUAAAGUUAUGUAACAAGUUCCAGGCAACAAAGUCAAUGAUUUAAUGUCGAUAAAAAGCCCUUUUCAGAUUCGGAGAACCUUUUUUCUUAUUGCAAGAACACAAAAAUGGCAAAUUUCACUGCUUUUUCGUCACGUAGGCCUCGUUUUUUUCAUUUUUUUAUUUCCCCAAUUUGAAAUUGUGUUUUAAACAAUCUUAAGCGUUUUUAGGUUAAUUUACAGUGGGUAGACAAUUAUAGGUUAUUGUAGUUUUUGUACAGUCUCCAUUUUAAUCUAGCACAGGUGUGACGACCUGGUUUAAUGUGGUCUUGAUGGAGUAAAAGUGAUGACAUCCCACUUUUUCUCUGUUUUCGCCAGUAGAAUGAAGUUUUAUACAACAUUAAAGCCUUUACUUUAAGUGGUGUAACAAUGGGAUUGAAAAGUAUUACCUCUCAACUCUCAAACAAGAAGCCAACUUCAGCCUUGUCAUUUUUCGGCCAGUAAGCUCCUUCGGCCUUGUCUGUCUGUGCUUCUUCUGCUGUACAUCUUGCUAAAUAUUUUCUAACACUAUGGGAUAUGUUUUAAGGUUAUUUCAGUAUAGUACAGGGAAAGCACGGGAGAAUCUUACCCUGCCAUGAUGUCUACAUUUAUUUGUGAAAAAGCUAUUUUUAUUGCUAUUUUUUUAAUUUAUUGUUAAUUUAUUCUGCAUCAAACAAAAACACACUUGUGUUGAGUUGGGACACAAGCACAGUGGCUGCUGCUUGUGAGUUGGAUUUGUAUUUAUACAUGUGUCGGGGUGGAAUAAUGUGUAAUUCACAGAAUGAAAGGGCGAAAAAAAUGUUGACUUUUUAAAUGUAAAACUUUUGUUUACGGUCAAUGGUACUACAAGGUUUCAUGUGUUUGGAGGUGGAAAGAAUGUGUAAGAGAAAAAGGUUGAAUGUGUUUAAUUCAGCAGGCCUUCUUAUUCCUUAUACUGGAGCCUUUAUGAGGAGAUUUACAUUUAAUUUAAUGGUUAGGUCGAUACAUUUACUGUGUGGAAAUGUCAAGUUACUUGUAAAUGUUUGAUUCAGAUUGAGAAACUUGAUAUGGACUACCAGCUGGCACUUGGUCACUUUUUUUUAAAAACAAGAACUACAGUUUUAAAGUGCGUAAAUCAUUGUUCUGUGAAUUCAUAGUUUUGUUUUGGCUGAUGUUAAGCUCUCUAACCUGAACUUACCCUGUGAUGUCAGUAGCUGUGUCCCGAAACUUGUGAAAUGUGUACAGCGUUGAUUAAAGGGUGCGAUGUGUUGGAGCACCAACAGCUGACAAUGCUGGAAAACAGGCUGCGUCCAAGCUCGUUUACAUGACGGCUGUUAAUGUUUUUGUCAAUUAUGACAUGACUUUUUUCUCACUGUUGUCAGCAGAUUGUGAUUCAAUAUCACUUAAGUUUCAGUGUUUGUUUUUACGUACAUGGUCAGCCUCCCUUGAUGUUUUAUUAAAAAAAUAAAUGUA